CUGUGUUCAGGUGUGUGAUUAGGUGUUAUCAGGACCAGACCACAAAAACUCAGGCUUUAAAACCACCAGAGGUGGAGAGCUUAGUGUUUGAGGUAAUUGGCACAUACGGUGCUUCUUCGCUGUUCCAAUGGCAUGUAGAGAGAGCAGAGGCAGUAAGAUUGUACUAUGUUUAACACUUUUAGUUGUUUUCGGUUCACUUUGCCAUUGUGCUCGACUGACAACGCUUAAGGCAUUGGAUAAGUUAAGGGGAAACUCAACACAUGUCAUGAGUCAAUCUGAAGGAAGGGAUGUGCGCCAUGGAAGACUCUUAAUAGGGAAAAAUUCUAUGCAAGAUAAUGAGCUCGGAGGAUCUAAGGCCACAAAUACUUUCCUGGAUAUUGAUACAGAUUAUCAACAGGACAUGGGUUGGGGAGACCCUAUUCAAUUUCAACAAGGGAGAGCUGGCAUUUCAAGCCCAAAUUCAAAGCCAGAGAGUGAAGUGGUUGAUUGUCUUCUUAAAAUGGAUCCACGGGUUGAAUGUAUGGGCAACUCCAUGAAGCUUCAAAUCCAGUACACUGAUUCUACCCCUGGAUCGCUGUUUUUUGUGGACAGGGGAAAUGGUCUUUCUCCUCUGCCGCUGUCCAAAUUGCCCCCGAGCUGUGGUUACACAAUCCAGUCUACACGGCGUGAUCUGGUGUUUGUUGCGCCUUAUGAUGGUUGCUUUGUCGCUCUUGAGGAUGAUUGCUACGUUCUUCCAUUGCGUUGGUCCGGGUUACCAGUGAGAAUGUCAUGCCCUUUGAGGCAGUCUUCACCUAACCCUCCAAUGGUGGCAUGCCAUCCCCAGGGCAUGGUUGUGAGAACUGGAUGGACGGUAUCCGUUGCGAAAAUUAACGUCAAUUUGAUUGGUGACUGGGAGCCACUGAUGACUGCUUCAUCCAGAUGUGGGUUCAGUAUAGUUGUACAUCCUGAGGGUGUGGUCAUCUCUGCCCGGUAUGCACCCUGUCUAGAGAAAAAGAAUGGAAUGUACACCCUUGACUUGGCUGGAGAACAAGAAAUUAGAAUUUCCUGUCCAUCACUUUUGCCGCCUCAAAAUGAACAAACCUCAUCUGAUGGUGGUAGAGAACUGCGAACUGAAACCCCAAGCCACCAGGCGUAUCCCUCCCCACCAUUUCUGUUAACUUAUACACAAUCUAAUGCUCCCCAGGUAACUGGUUCUGCAGAACAACCCUCUGCCAAGCCUCCAGUCAUCCAACAGCCUACUGGGCAACUGCUUUACCCUUAUCCGUUCUAUGUUAAAACGCCAUACGCUCCUGAAGGGACAACGCCUCGGAUUUCCUCUACAAUGUCCCCCACAAUACCUACUCCAGAGAACAAAGUGCCCUUAGAGCCUAACACUACUCCUUCUCCAAUAGAGCAGCCCCUUUAUCCUUUCUAUCCACCAACUGCUGCUCCAUGGCUUCCACAGACCGAUGCUCCUAGGGGCCCAGUAGAGCAGCCAUUCUAUCCAUUUGAUCUGCCAACUGCUGGUCCAUGGUCUUCCCAGCCAGAAGCCCCUCCUAGCCUACUAGAGCGCCCCCUCUAUCCCUUCCACCCAAAUCCAACUACUGUGCCAAGACCUUCCCAGGCUGAAGCUCCUCCUAGUCCAACAGAGCAGUCUCUCUAUCCCUUCUAUCUGCCAGCUGAUGCUCCAUGCCUUCACAGCCUGAUGCCCCUCCUAGUCCAACAGAGCAGCCCCUCUAUCCCUUCUAUCUGCCAACUGAUGCUCCAUGGCCUUCACAGCCUGAUGCCCCUCCUAGUCCAGCACAGCGGCCCCUCUAUCCCUUCUAUCUAGCAACUGCUGCUCCAUGGUCUUCACAGCCAGAAGCCCCGUUUGGCCCAGAACAGCGGCCCCUCUAUCCUGUUUAUCUGCCAACUGCUGCUCCAUGGCUUCCACAGCCCGAGGCCCCUCCUAGCCUAGUAGAGGAUGCCUUCUACCCAAAGCCAACUACUGCUCCAAGGCCUUCACAGCCUGAAGCCCCGCCUGGCCCAGUAGAACAGCCCAUCUAUCCCUUCUACCCAAAGCCAACUGCUGCUCCAUGGCUUCCACAGCCCGAGGCCCCUCCUAGCCUAGUAGAGGAUGCCUUCUACCCAAAGCCAACUACUGCUCCAAGGCCUUCACAGCCUGAAGCCCUGCCUGGCCCAGUAGAACAGCCCAUCUAUCCCUUCUACCCAAAGCCAACUGCUGCUCCAUGGCUUCCACAGCCCGAGGCCCCUCCUAGCCUAGUAGAGGAUGCCUUCUACCCAAAGCCAACUACUGCUCCAAGGCCUUCACAGCCUGAAGCCCCGCCUGGCCCAGUAGAACAGCCCAUCUAUCCCUUCUACCCAAAGCCAACUACUGCUCCAUGGCCUUCACAGCCAGAAGCCCCUCUUGGCCCAGCAGAGCACCCCCUCUAUCCCUUCUAUCUGCCGACUGCUGCUCCAUGGCCUUUACAGCCAGAAGCCCCUCUUGGCCCAGCAGAGCACCCCCUCUAUCCCUUCUAUCUGCCAACUGCUGCUCCCUGGCCUUCACAGCCAGAAGCCCCUCUUGGCCCAGCAGAGCACCCCCUCUAUCCCUUCUAUCUGCCAACUGCUGCUCCCUGGCCUUCACAGCCAGAAGCCCCUCUUGGCCCAGCAGAGCACCCCCUCUAUCCCUUCUAUCUGCCAACUGCUGCUCCAUGGCCUUCACAGCCCGAGGCCCCUCCUAGCCUAGUAGAGGAUGCCUUCUACCCAAAGCCAACUACUGCUCCAAGGCCUUCACAGCCUGAAGCCCCUCCUAGCCUAGUAGAGCAGCCCUUCUACCCAGGGCCAACUGCAGCUCCCAGGCCUCCACAGCCCGAAGCUCUGCCGGGCCCAGUAUGGCAGCCCCAUCUCUUCCACUUUUACACUCGGCCAAAUGCUGCACCGAAUAAGACGCAACCAGAAGUCCCUUCCGGCCAGGUAAAGCCGUCCCUAUAUCCCUUUCCCUUCUACUCUUUGCCCAGGUCUGGCAGCAUAGUCUCACAAAACCCUCUACCUGUUAACUGCCCCCAGUUUUGCCACCCUGUUUCCUAUCAUUGCUGUCCCCAAAUUGCAUUUCAUCACCAUAUACAUCAAAUUAUCCCAUUUGGACUUCAUGCUCAAGAUUCACCUUCACUCAAUAAAGGACCACAUCAACCUUCAGGUUCAUAUUCUGGGUUUGGCAAUGACUUAGGUUCUGUUCCCCUUCAAAAGCCAACUGAUUCAAUGACGACGCAAGCUCCUGACACUUCCACCCCUGUACCCAUUUCAAUUUCAUCCCUUCAAUCUGGAAAUGCAAAGAGGACACAUAUUCUGCCACCAGAUGGCAACCCUGCUGCACCACAGUAUAUUCCUAGCAAGCCUGCAAAUCGUGGAGGGACAAUUUACCCCUAUGAUGAGCCACGGUAUCUUUAUCCAACUUGGUCAUAUCUACAACAGAGCAAGGAGCUGCAGAGUUUGACGCAAACCCCAUCACCAGCUUCUGAGAGUGUGCCCACGAUACCGCAGGUUCAACGUUAUAAACAAGAAAAUCCAGUGCUGAAAUACAAAUCACAUAAUGUACAGCCCCAAAAGCAGCAAAACCUGAAACUAUUGGGUUGGGAUAUGAAUAAUAAUCCAUCUGGAUCUUACACUGGCCAGUUUCUUCAGCAGAAGAAAAUGGGAAAGCAGCAAAUGCUUAAAGAUGCUGAAUCUCAAAUGAAUGAGAAAUAUACGUCCCCCAACAACACAUCCGGACUACAGACCUUAUUGAGCAGCUCAAGAGAACCUACCAAUCAUGGAUCAACUUUACACUCUUCUGCUGAUCCAAAGGGUUAUGUACUGCUGCAGCGUGGCCCACAGGAUGGGGAGCCAAACCGUUACAUUGACUCUCCUCUGCCUUCUGGUGACCUGGUUCACGAUGCAAACUUAAUGGCACAUUUUUCAGGGCAUCAUGGUCAAGAACCUGAACGUCUUCAGAAUUUAAAGACCCCACAGAAAAAAUCCAAACUUCCCAGAUUGCUGGGGAGAGGAAGGUCCAAUCGAGACUACCUGCCAAGGCAUGGCGAUGAAUUGGGUCAAUCAUAGUAAUCUCCUUGGCUCAUUUUGGGCCUUGGAACUAGGAUCCUUGAUUUCUUGCGUCAUUCAGAUUCUUGUAGAUAAUGACUUUUAGACUCAAUAGUGACUUCACUUCAUGUUCCAGGAAAUCAAUUUCAACAAAAGUACUCUGCAGCUGCUCACAAUCUAACAGUAUGUUAAAAUGAUAGCGUUUUAAGCAAGCCUCCAGGACCACUGUCUCUUGCAGGACUGAACCAAGCCUUUGUGGGGAACUGAAAAGCAGAAAUGUGUGAUCUUCUAAAUAAAACAUUUAAACAACUA